GGACAGCGCGAGGCUCAGCCAAUCAGCUGCAGGAGAUUCGAGACAACAUCCGCGAACAUGGCUGCCUGAGUGAAGGCGGACUUCAGAAUAAACCAGCCUUUUCCUGACAGUUCUCGCACACUGACCCCGCUGCCUCAAGAGGUAAUGUUGAGGGCAGUAACUAAGUGCCUUUAUAUCAACCCUGUCGCUGGCAGAAGAAUGAUGUCCCACAGCAGCCUUGCUGGAAAAGUCGCUAUAGUUACUGCAUCCACAGAUGGGAUCGGCUUGGCUGCUGCACAGGCGUUAGGGAAGAGAGGAGCUCAUGUUGUCGUAAGCAGUCGUAAGCAAGCCAACGUGGACAAGGCUGUGUCACAGUUACGCAGUGAAAACAUCCAAGUGAUCGGGACCAGCUGUAAUGUGGGGAUCGAACAGGACAGAGAAAAGCUGAUCAGCUUGACUCUGGAGAAGUGUGGGGGUAUCGACAUCCUGGUCUCAAAUGCAGCUGUGAACCCUUUCUUUGGAAACAUCUUGGACUCAACAGACGAAGUCUGGACCAAGAUAUUCGAUGUGAAUGUGAAAGCUUCCUUUCUUCUUACCAAGCAAGUGGUGCCUCACAUGGAGAAAAGAGGGGGUGGCUCUGUGUUGUUUGUGUCUUCAGUUGCAGGAUACCAGCCAAUGCCAGGUCUGGGUCCAUACAGUGUGAGCAAGACAGCUCUUCUGGGUCUAACACGAGCGCUGGCUCCUGAACUGGCCCACAGUAAUAUCCGGGUCAACUGUGUGGCUCCAGGAAUCAUCAAGACACGCUUCAGCUCUGCUUUAUGGCAGAGUGAAGAUGUGACAAAUGAGUUUAUGAAGCAGCUGUGCAUUAAAAGGCUGGGGGUGCCAGAAGACAUUGGAGGAGUGGUUGCAUUCCUGUGUUCAGAUGACGCUGCUUACAUCACUGGCGAGACCAUCACAGUCACGGGUGGCAUGAACUGCAGACUGUAAAUGUGAUGGUGCGUGUGUGUAUGUGAAUGUACAUGUAUUUGUGCACAUUUAUGUUUAAAAGGGAGAAAAAACAUACUAAACCACCUACAACAGAAUCCUACAUUUCAUAAAUCAUUUAUACAUCAUGAACUACUGAUGGGAAAUACCAGAGAUGCCAUAUUUGAUUUUAAUACAAUGACAUGAAAAUAAAUGUAUAAUAAAUCUUUA